AUGAUUAAUCGCAAUGCAUUAUUGAUCAUCAUAAUUAUGGCAGGACACAUGCGCGCUGGCUGGGGCUCCCUGCCCGGAAUUGGGAGCACAUUUUGGGAGUAAAUUAUUUGUCUUCUGCCCCAGCUGAUGUGUGAGCCAGCAUGUCUCGGAGGAAGCAGGCGAAACCCCAGCAUUUCCAAUCGGACCCCGGUCUGGCCUUGCCGGAAAGUCAUGGUACACUGGACCUGUUACAGUUGAGAAUCAGCAGAGAAUCUCAAGAGAUGAAGUCUGAAUCAGAAGAAUUACAAUUUCCAUUUAAAAAUGAAAGAGUCACAGAAAGGGGUCAAAUCCAUCGGACACCCAAGAACAAGGACGCUCAUGUCUGUAGCAGAUGUUGCGCCGAGUUCUUUGAACUAUCAGACUUGUUGCAACAUAAGAAGAACUGCACUACUAAAAAUCAAUUGGUUCUAAUUGUGAAUGAAAAUCCAGCACCACCCGCUGAAGCCACCUCACCAAGUUCCCUCUCAGAUAAUCCUGAUGAGCACAUGAAUGACACAGUUAAUAACGCAGAUCAAGCAGAUUGCAGUGACCUUUCAGAGCAUAGCAAGCCUGACAAAGAAGAUGAUUCUAUGGAGGUGGAGCUCUCCGGAGUCAGCAAUAGCGGCAGUGGUUCCAACAAAUUGGACGACAAUGUUCCAAGUAGUAAUAAUUCCACCUUGGGUACCUCAGCUACCACAACCUCACUACCUCAAGUAAGGGAUCUGACAACCUUGGGGAAUUUUUCUGUAAUAAAUAGCAAUGUUAUCAUUGAGAAUCUUCAGAGUACAAGGGUGGCAGUGGCACAGUUUUCCCAAGAAGCCAAAUCUACAGGGGCACCCAAAAAUAAGCUGGCUGUGCCUGCACUCAUGGAGCAGCUUCUGGCAUUACAGCAGCAGCAGAUACAUCAGUUGCACCUAAUAGAGCAAAUCCGUCACCAAAUAUUACUGCUGGCAUCACAGAAUGCAGAAAUACCUGCAUCUACGAGUGGGCCUCAGGCGCCAUUGAUGGUAUCGGCCACUCCAUUAACCACGCUGAGCUCCCACCUGUCCCAGCAGUUGGCUGCAGCUGCUGGCUUAGCACAAAAUCUUGCAAGCCAGUCUGCCAGCAUCAGUGGUAUGAAACAACUAUCCUCAAUACAGCUACCUCAGAGCAGCCCAGGCAACACAAUUCCAUCCACCAAUACAUCUUCUCCCAGCAUGAAUGCAUUGUCUGCAGUAGUUACCACACCUUCAUUAGAGAAAGCCCCUUUAAACACUGGUGGCUCACAGCCCAGUAAUCCACCAGCACCUGUUACAUCCGCACCAACAUUUGCAAUAAGCAGUUUAUUGAGUCCUGCGUCCAAUCCACUACUACCUCAACCUGCCACCAAUAACCCAAUUUUUCCGAACACCUUGCCCAGCAUAGGAACAACAGCAGAGGACCUUAACUCCCUGCGAAAAGGGAAGCCCCCAAACGUGACCACUUUUGAAGCAAAGAGCUCAUCUGAUGAAUCUUUCUUUAAACACAAAUGUAGGUUUUGUGCAAAGGUAUUUGGCAGUGACAGUGCCUUGCAGAUCCAUCUUCGUUCUCACACUGGUGAGAGGCCAUUUAAAUGUAACAUCUGUGGAAACAGGUUCUCCACCAAAGGGAAUCUAAAAGUUCACUUUCAACGACACAAGGAGAAAUAUCCUCAUAUACAAAUGAAUCCAUACCCUGUCCCUGAACACUUAGACAAUAUGCCUACAGAUACAGGAAUUCCAUAUGGGAUGUCAAUCCCACCUGAGAAGCCAGUAACAAACUGGUUGGACACUAAACCGGUUCUAACAACACUGACCACGUCGGUGGGGAUGCCACUCCCACCAACAAUUCCAAGCUUGACACCAUUUAUUAAAGCAGAGGAAACCCAGCCUGUUUCCUUAAUUCAGCCAACUGUUAGUCCCUGUGAUUCAGUAAAAAGAGAUCUACCAGCUGCAGAGCCAGUUCCAAAAAAAAAUGACAGUCUUCCCGAUGAGGCCAACAAAUUGGCAAAACCGGAAGACAAAAGUGAAGAGCUUUCUCAGCAUUCGAACAGUUUCUCCAAUUUUAACACAUCUGUCUGUUCUCCUGCAACUGAGACAGGGCCCAUUAGCACUGCCACUUUCCCAAACCCACUUUUGCCUCUGAUGUCAGAGCAAUUCAAAGCAAAAUUUCCAUUUGGAGGACUUCUGGAUGUAGCACCUGCAUCAGAGACUUCAAAACUUCAACAACUUGUAGAGAACAUUGACAAAAAGGCAAGUGACCCAAACGAGUGUGUUAUUUGUCACAGAGUUUUAAGUUGCCAGAGUGCCCUAAAAAUGCACUACAGGACACACACCGGAGAAAGACCAUUUAAAUGUAAAGUCUGUGGCCGUGCUUUUACAACAAAGGGUAACUUAAAGACCCAUUAUAGUGUCCACCGUGCCAUGCCACCUCUUAGAGUCCAACAUUCAUGCCCCAUUUGUGAAAAGAAAUUUACCAAUGCUGUUGUACUACAGCAGCACAUCAGGAUGCAUAUGGGAGGCCGCAUACCAAAUCUUCCUGUUCCUGAAAAUUAUCCUGAUUCUAUAGAAUCUGAUACUGGGUCUUUUGAUGAGAAAACUAUAGAUGAUCUAGACAACUUCUCUGAUGAAAACAUGGAAGAUUGUCCUGAUAGCAGUGUCCCAGACACGCCUAGAUCUUUAGAUGCAUCCCACGAUAGUCUUUCUUCCUCACCAUUGCCCCCUGAAAUAUCUAGUAUUGCUGCUUUGGAGAAUCAGAUGAAGAUGAUCAGUGCUGGGCUUGCUGAGCAACUUCAAGCUAGCCUGAAGUCUACGGAGAAUGGCUCUGUUGAGGGUGAUGGUAUGACUAAUGACUCCUCAUCUCUUGGCGGAGAUAUGGAUAGCCAGGGUGCUGAAAGCCCAGCUCCCUCUGAGUCUACUUAUUCAAUGCAUGCUUUAUCACCUUCAAACAGCACCAAUGACUACAUAAAGUCACCAAACACAGAAGAAAAGCAACAAAGAGCUUUGCCUCCAGAAUUUCCCAAUGGAAUGUCACCCACUCCUGCUAAUGGAGGUGCUUUGGACUUGACUUCCAGUAACACAGAUAAGUUUGUGAAAGAAGAACCUUUGGGUUUACUUUUUCCAUUCAGAGAGCGGAGUAAAUUCAAGAAUACAAUCUGCGAUAUUUGUGGCAAAACAUUUGCAUGUCAGAGUGCCUUGGACAUUCAUUACAGAAGCCAUACCAAAGAGAGACCAUUUAUUUGCACAGUUUGCAAUCGUGGCUUUUCCACAAAAGGUAAUUUGAAGCAGCACAUGCUGACACACCAGAUGCGAGAUCUGCCAUCACAGCUCUUUGAACCUAGCCCCAACAUGACCAAUACCAACUCUCCUGCUCCUCCACCUCCCAAUCCACUGGCAACCAUAAUAAAGACUGAGUUUAAUGGUUUCAUGCAUGGCUCUCCUCAGGACAAUAAAGAACAGACUUCUAGUAUAAUUUCUUCAGGAUCUUUACCAUCUUCCGCCACAUCCCCGGUUCUCCUUCCAAGCAUGUCCAGAAGGACUCCCAGGCAGCAUUACUGCAAUGCAUGUGGAAAAUCCUUCUCUUCCUCCAGUGCUUUACAAAUACAUGAGCGGACCCACACUGGUGAAAAACCAUUUGCCUGCACAAUCUGUGGAAGAGCAUUUACGACAAAAGGCAACCUUAAGGUACAUAUGGGAACUCACAUGUGGAAUACCACACCUGCAAGGAGAGGAAGAAGACUUUCUGUGGAUGGACCCAUGGCUUUUAUAGGAGGAAACCCUGUAAAGUUUCCUGACCUCUUCCAGAAGGAUGUGGUUGCAAGGACUGGAAAUGGGGAUCCGUCAAGCUUCUGGAACCAGUAUGCAGCAGCAUUGUCAAAUGGCUUGGCCAUGAAGACCAACGAGAUCUCCGUCAUUCAGAAUGGUGGCAUUACUCCAAUGACUGGAAGCUUGGGAAAUGGGGGGAGUUCUCCAAUUGGUGGCUUGACUGGAAGCCUAGAAAAACUCCAGAGUACAGAACCAAAUGCACCUCUAGCUGGUCUGGAGAAAUUGGCGAGCAGUGAAAAUGGGACAUCUUUCAGAUUUAUGCGUUUUGUGGAGGACAACAAAGAAAUUGCCACAAACUAGCACAUUUACUCUGAGGACGCAAGAUGCAGCCACGGGUUGCUGUUUUUUGUUUUUGUUUUUGUACCAUGUUAAAAUUCUAGAGUUUUAAGUGCGUGUAUUUAUUAGUGAUAACCUAGCUCUGCAUAAAAAAAAAUGCAAGCAUUAACUUUGGUCUCUGUAUUUUGAACUGAAUACUAAUAGACUAGAGUUGUGUAAAUUUGCUGUAACAUUUAUGGCAACUUGCAAUCUUGAUAGUUGAUCUUUGGCAUUAACUUAUUUUAUAUAUUCUAGGUUAACAUGGUUCCUGGUGUUAAUGCAUAAAGCAACAUGGGAAAUGGACUUUAUGUGUUGUAAAAUAAUGCACAUUUUAAGGAACAUUUUUUUCUGAUUUGCAAAUAACUUUUUGGCGAGGAGUUGAAGAGGAUGAUUGCAAGACUGUACCGUGCAAAUGUGGACACUUUGGAUUUUAAGAUUU